CUGAUUCCAACUCUUAGGCUUAUCCAUCUGGACGUCCGUUCCUCCCUUGUACCUGACAACCAGCCGCUUGAUUCGAUCAUGUCCCACUCCGGAGCCCAGGGCAGCAUUGGGAGCCACCCAGCCAUGGGGCUGCGUACCCACAAAAUGUACCUGUUUGAGUUUGAGAACUUCCAGGGUCGUAUGAUGGAGUGCACCGCUGAGUGCCGUAACCUGUGUGAGAAGGGCUUCGAGAAGAUCGGCUCCAUCAGGGUGGAGUGUGGCCCCUGGGUGGGCUAUGAGCAGCAGAACCUGAGUGGAGAAAUGUUCAUGCUGGAGAAGGGAGAGUACCCCCGCUGGGAUACCUGGAGCAACAGCUACAGGUGUGACCGCUUCAUGUCCGUCAGGCCUGUUCGCAUGGACACCCAGGACCACAAGAUAUGCCUAUUUGAGUGUAAUAACUUUGAGGGCCGUAAGAUGGAAGUUUGUGAUGAGGAUAUCCCGAGUCUGUGGUCCUACGGCUUCCAGGACCGUGUUGCCAGCAUCCAGGUCACUGGUGGAACUUGGGUUGGCUAUCAGUACCCCGGUUACCGUGGCUACCAGUACGUGUUUGAGUGCGGUGUCUUCAAGCAUUGGAACGAGUGGGGCGCCCACCAUCCCCAGAUCCAGUCCAUCCGUAGAGUGAGGGAUAUGCAGACACAUCGCAGAGGCUGCUUUGAGUGGACCGUCUAGAAGGGGCCAGGCAGGCGAUGGGUUGUGGGCCAGCAAGACAGAGGGGAAGGGGUCUGGCUAGCCCUGGAGCUAACCAUUCCGGAGUCUGGAGUUCCAUCUUGGAUCUCCACACAGCCAACAUAAGCUAACAGCUAAUAACAUAACAUCACUGGCUCCACCUCAAUCACUUACUAGUUGUAACAUUCAGGGUGCGUGUACUGUAAUUCACAAUCCCUGAAUGAAGACAUUGCCACCUACUGGGAAAAGGUUGUUACUGCAGUUCACCUGCAGAAUACUUCCACAAUGCCUGAAUAUAAUAAUACUGGUGAAACUGAUAGCUGUACUCUCUGUUCCAAGACCUGAUAGAAUUAUAUCAUGAGAAGAUUUAUGAUGGGGAUUUUAAUGGGGGAAAGGGAAUCAGUUAACAAAGAUUAUAUAGCUUCAUUAGUUUGUGUUCACUUGUUUGUUUCCAUAUCUGCAAACCCAUUGAAUUUAUACAUCUUACUGACUUGUUUCUUAGCUAUAUACCAAAUGAUGCCAAAUAAGCCUGUUCAUUACAAUGCUCUACCCUCCUGCAAUCUGUGAAUGAUUUUAGAGAGUAGAGAUACUAGACACUCCACUCAAGCCAGUCCCUCAACUACCAUGGACAGCUGCCAGCUCUAUGUGCUCUGUCUGUGCCCUACAGUCAGCUCAAUCAUCCACAAGGAGACACUGUUUACAAAUGUACUCUCCCCAUGGCCACCAUCUAGUCUAGGGAUUCCACCACCAACCAUAAUUUCCCUAAUGACAUUCUACCUUCAAGACUUCAAAGCUUUGCCCAUGACCCACUCAGUCUAGGGCAGUAAAGCUUGCCAAUGACCCACUCAGUCUAGGGCAGUGAAGCUAUGCUCAUGACCCACUUAGUCUAGGGCAGUGAAACUAUGCUCAUGACCCACUCAGUCUAGGGCAGUGAAACUAUGCUCAUGACCCACUCAGUCUAGGGCAGUGAAACUAUGCUCAUGACCCACUCAGUCUAGGGCAGUGAAACUAUGCUCAUGACCCACUCAGUCUAGGGCAGUGAAACUAUGCUCAUGACCCACUCAGUCUAGGGCAGUGAAGCUAUGCUCAUGACCCACUCAGUCUAGGGCAGUGAAACUAUGCUCAUGACCCACUCAGUCUAGGGUAGUGAAGCUAUGCUCAUGACCCACUCAGUCUAGGGCAGUGAAGCUAUGCUCAUGACCCACUCAGUCUAGGGCAGUGAAACUAUGCUCAUGACCCACUCAGUCUAGGGUAGUGAAGCUAUGCUCAUGACCCACUCAGUCUAGGGCAGUGAAGCUAUGCUCAUGACCCACUCAGUCUAGGGCAGUGAAACUAUGCUCAUGACCCACUCAGUCUAGGGUAGUGAAGCUAUGCCCAUGACACACUCAGUUUAAGGCAGUGAGGCUGUCUGAAGGAGGAUGUGAGCUAGGGGGUAUGAUUGGGAGACAGGCUGCUGUAGGCCACCUGGUAGUGCUUUUCUAGACAUGCCAACCUUUUCGGAGACCCCUCCCCCUCUUAAUGAUGGGGUUGCAGAGGAAUGUUGUUAUAUACACUAUAUAUUUCUCAGGGAUGCUGGCAUCUGGAAAGCAACUUUCCAAU